UCUUUUAUGCGAAUUUGUUUCGCGAAAUAAAAAUGUUAUUAGAUGAAUGACAAUAAAAAACUAACGAUAUAGUUGUUAACUAAUAAUAGAAAAGAAGCUACGAUGGAAGUUGUGUUAGAAAUCUAUAAAAUUUCUUGGAAUAGCCUCGAUAAACAACCUACUUACAUCUAACCAAAGGAGAUGUAUCGUUUUUCCGCAAAACUAUCGUAUUACUUAGAUAUAUAUCUGAUUACCGAAGAGCACAUUUCUCCCCCUCUUUUCUUAACUAGUUUUGUAUAUACCAUUGGAAGACUUAUAAGGUGUCUCUUGUUAACGACUCUCUCUCUAUCUGUGAGAUUAGUCUAUUCUAGAAAGGAAGACGAACAAGAUGGAACAAUGGGUUGGAAAAGUAGCUGCCGUUACUGGUGCAAGUGCGGGAAUUGGUGCAGCCAUUGCUCGACUAUUGGUUAAUAACGGUAUGACGGUGGUUGGAUUAGCUAGAAGAACUGACAAAAUCGAAGAACUCGCGAAUAGUUUGGAAGGAGGACCAGGAAAGCUUCAUGCAAUCGAAUGCGAUGUAACCAAAGAAGAGAGUACAACAGUUGCCUUUUCUUGGAUCGAAGAAAAUUUAGGAUCCCUUGAUGUGAUGAUCAAUAAUGCUGGUAUCGCUAAAGAAUCCUCAUUAACAGAAGGAUCAUUGGAAGAUUGGAGAGCAGUUAUUGAUGUGAACGUCUUAGGAGUUUGCUUGACUAUGCGAGAAGCUGUUCGAUUAAUGCGUAAAAAAGAUGAGGAAGGUUUGAUUAUUAAUAUUGGUAGUUUGGCUGGAGAAAGGGUUCCUGCUGUUCCUGGUUUUGGUAUUUAUCCAUCCUCGAAACGUGCAUUAACUGCAUUGUCUCAAACUCUUCGCAAUGAACUAACUGGGACUAAAAUUCGGGUCACGAAUAUUAAUCCUGGUGUGGUAGCAACCGAAUUAUUGGCAUCUUAUCACGCAUUUUCCGAAGAAGUUUUAGCUGCAAUGCCAGCUUUGAAAAGUGAAGAUGUAGCGAAUGCUGUUUCCUACGUCUUAUCUACUCCACCUAACGUCGUGAUUCAAGACAUCGUUUUACGACCACUGGGUGAAACUUGGUGAUUUUCUUUUCUUCAAAUUCGUUCGAUAGUUCGAUAGCACGCUGAAAUAGCGCCUAACUUCAAUUUUGAUCGUCUUUUUAUAAGUAGAUAUGUAUGUACUCACGCGUAUAUUAUAAAAACACGUCUAGUUUCUUUUUUUUUUAAAUAUAGAUCGCUGUAUUAAUCUAAUGCGAUGAUUUUGAUUCAAAUGAAAUGUAAUUAACCGAACGAGUAGUGAUAAAUAAAAGAUUUGUUCUCUACGAUGA